AUGGUUUUCGAAAGAGAGAUGGACGGGAUCGCAAACAGCAUGCAGAAGAAGGCUGCGGAGCUGGAGCGACUGGCCGAGGUGCUGGUCACCGGUGAGCAGCUCAGGUUGCGACUCCACGAAGGGAAGGUCAUCAAGGAUCGGCGUCAUCACUUGCGCACAUACCCAAACUGCUUCGUGGGCAAAGAGCUUGUUGAUUGGCUAAUUGAACACAAGGAGGCCUCCGAGCGAGAGACAGCCAUCCAGAUCAUGCAGAAGCUUCUGGACCAGAGCAUUAUCCACCACGUGUGUGACGAGCAUCGGGAGUUCAAAGACAUGAAGCUGUUCUAUCGUUUCCGUAAGGACGACGGUACCUUUCCAUUGGACAACGAAGCCAAGGUCUUCAUGAGGGGGCAACGCAUCUAUGAGAAGUUGAUGAACACGGAGAACAACAUAAUACAGAGCAGGGAGGAGGAAGGCGGAAAUUUUGAGCGGACGUUAGUAGCUUCCGAAUUCAUCGAUUGGCUCCUCCAGGAAGGGGAGAUUGCGACCAGGGAGGAGGCGGAGCAACUGGGUCGACGCCUGCUUGAACACGGGAUCAUCCAGCAUGUCACAAACAAGCAUCACUUUGUGGACGGGCCCCUCCUCUUCCAGUUCAGGAUGAACUUUCGACGAAGGCGACGGUUAAUGGAGCUGCUCCAUGAGCGGGGUCGUGGAAUCCCUGAAAGCCACGACAGCCCCUUCUGUCUCCGAAAGCAGAACUCUGACGGAGGCAACACUAGCUUUUUAUCAGUGAGUCCGACUAAAGAGAUAAAGAUGGCAGUCGGGGUCCGUCGCAGCAGUAUGAGCAGCAGCUGUGGCAGCAGCGGCUACUACAGCAGUAGUCCCACACUCAGCAGCAGCCCACCGGUCCUGUGCAACCCCAAAUCUGUUCUGAAGAGACACGUGAGUCCAGAGGAGCUCCAGACUCCAGGAGGACCUUUUUUAAAGAAGACAUUCACCAUUGUUGGUGAUGCUGUGGGAUGGGGCUUCGUUGUGCGAGGUAGCAAACCCUGCCACAUUCAGGCGGUGGACCCCGGAGGUCCCGCAGCAGCUGCUGGCAUGAAAGUUUGUCAGUUUGUGGUGUCAGUAAACGGAUUGAACGUUCUUGCUCAGGACUACCGAACUGUGAGCAACCUAAUCCUUACUGGACCCAGGACUAUCGUCAUGGAGGUCAUGGAGGAAAUAUGA